AUCAAAGUUUUCGUCAAAGUUCAAGAUGGCUGACAAAAACAAAUUGUUGUUAUUAACCGCAGCAGCUGCUGCUUGUGCCACAAUUGCUGUGAGUGCACAAGCACAUGCGAUACAGAAGCGGGUGAAAAAAAGGAAACGUACCUGGGUGAAGCCGUGGGUUUCACGACGAGAUGAAAAAAGCAUUCAGCAAAACUUGUUACGUGAGCUAAUAGUGGAAGACGUCAAGUCAUACAUCAAUUUCUUGCGAAUGGAUGAGCAUACAUUUCAGUAUGUUCUCAGUGAAGUGAUUCCUCAUAUCUCAAAACACAAUACGCACCUAAGAAAUGCUAUAUCUGCAGAAGACAGGCUCACUGUAACACUACGAUUCCUUGCUACAGGAGAAAGUUACUCUAGCUUACAGUACAGCACUCGAAUUCCACAAUGCACAUUAAGUAAAAUAAUACCUGAAACUUGUGAAGCAAUUUAUAAAGCACUAAAGGACCAUUGUCUGAAGGUACCCACAAGCAGAGGAGAGUGGGAGCAAAUUGCAGAGGAUUUCGAGAAGAAGUGGAACUGUUAUAAUACAAUAGGAGCAAUGGACGGAAAGCACAUUCGUAUUAAAUGUCCACAAGCUAGUGGAUCUCACUUUUUCAAUUAUAAAUCCUUCAACAGUAUCAUUUUAUUUGCCAUGGUAGAUGCUUCCUACAAAUUUUUGUAUGUAGAUGUAGGAACUAAUGGGUGUGUUGGUGAUGCUGGAGUGUUUUCAAAAAGCAAACUACGUGAGUGUCUUAUUGACCGAUCUAUGCUCAACAUUCCUGAUGGCAGGAAGCUUGGGAACACAAACAUUACAACUCCAAUGGUAGUACUGGCAGAUGACGCUUUUCCACUGAGUUAUAACAUUAUGAAGCCAUACCCCUUAAAAGGAAUCACAAAAGAAGAAAAGGUUUUCAAUUACCGACUGUCACGAGGGAGAAGAUUAGUGGAGAGCAGCUUUGGCAUUCUUGCAAGUCGUUUCAGGAUUUUUCUUACUACCAUUAAUCUGCCUCCUGAAAAAGUUACCACAAUAACACCGGCUGCCUGCACAUUGCACAACUUGUUAACUGAGAGAAGAAAACACUUGUACACUCGUCAGGAAACAGUGUCUGCCGUAGUAGGAGACUGCACUUAUCUUGAGACACAAAGCAUUGAGGACCUACAGCAAAUGGAACCAAUAGCUUGCCAAGCUGCUUCUGGACGUACAGUACACGGGAGAGCAGUUAGGGAAUACUUUAAGACAUUUUACAAUGGCGCUGGGAAAGUGCCCUGGCAAAAUAAUCACAUUUUGUAA